AUGAGCGACUUAGGAGCCGAAGAUUCAACAUCUACUAAUCAGAUGACGACGCAACCCUCCGUAACCUUCAACUGUAAAGGCUGUGAGCGGCCAGAUCAGGAAGAAAACAUGGUGGCCUGCGACAAGUGCAGCACUUGGUGGCACUUUAGUUGUGCAGGUGUGGCAGACUCAGUUGCUGAUCGAUCAUGGAAAUGCAAUAACUGCUCACCUCUUUGCGGUUCCAUUGUAUCAGGUAGAACAGCGAAAACCACUCGACUUCGCCUGAAACACUUGGAAGAAAAAAAGGCUUUAGAAGAUAAAAUUCUGGAUCUGCGGGUCCAGAAGGAAAGGGAGUAUCUGGCACAAAAACAUCAGCUGGAAGAAGACGCAGAAAGUGACGAAGAUAGUGUAGAGAACUGUGGCAGUGUCUGCCGCUUCGAUAUAAGUAGCUGGGUAGAAGAGCAAAACACAGUGAGUGAGGGAACUAAUCUACUUGUCUCCUGUACUUCAACUCCCGUUACCUCAGCAGCAGCACACAUAAGUAUCGCUUCAUCGAUAUGCUCGUCCGAAUCACAGCUCUCGUUAGUAAACUUACCGCCUCUGACACAAUCGGUUUAUACAACGGCUACCAUGCCUACACAUCAAAUGACAAUCCCUAACCAACAGCAGUACCUCUUGAAUCCGCCGACCGGUUUAACGAAGCUUAUGCCUUCAUCGACAAAUUUACCUAAUGGAAUAAGAGCAUCAAUUCCUGUAGAUCCCGAAUCGUACAACUAUCGAUAUUACCUAGCUAAUAAUGUAAAUGAGUUCGCAUUAGGGUCUGUACCUAUCUCCUGUAUCGCGGAACAAUCAAGAACACACCCCUCGAUGGGCCAGUCAGAGACCCAGCGGCCGAUGGAAAUGAAUUUACGCAAGUCUGAUGCCAUAUGGUAUCCCGAUAGAAUUGGUUUAUAUCAGCCUUACGAUCGUCAACAUCUGGUAAGCUCUAAUAUACAUAAUAUGAAUCCACCUUCGACGGCAGGGAAUGAUUAUGACCGUACAGCGCAGUGUACUGUUAACGUUCCAACGACACAAACCGCGCAUCCGGCAAGAGGAAUGAAUCAUAUGACAGUGCAUUCGAACCCCCUGGUUAACGGCUUUGAUCAUUUCAUGCCAUCCCAACAAUCAACAUCACACCCCCAGCCAUCGCAAUACCUUUGGCCUGCAGGCGGAGUUAUUAGUCCACAUCAACUUGCAGCUCGUCACGUUGUCUGCAGGGAUCUACCUAAAUUCGCGGGAGAUCCGUUGGAGUGGCCUAUGUUUCUGAGCGCAUUCGAAUCAACCACGGUCAUGUGUGGAAUACAACCGGACGAAAAUCUGGCCAGGUUGCAAAAAAGUUUGGUUGGAAGCGCCAGAGAGAAGGUUCAAAGCCUUCUCACUCUUCCAUCGGCUAUUCCGGAAAUAUUAAGUACACUUAGAGAUGAGUGUGGUCGACCGGAACAAUUAGUUCACUGUCUGCUUUCGAAAAUACGGAACGCUCCCCCUCCUAACGUGAACAAACUAGAGACGUUAGUCAUAUUCGGCAGGGAAGUAAGGAAUCUAGUAACUUAUAUCGAAGCUGCCAACUUACAUUCCCACCUUUCGAACCUGAUGUUGCUGUCUGAACUCGUGGGCAAAUUGCCACCGAGUUUGCGACUGGACUGGGGAUUGUACAGUCAACGGAUAUCUGAGAGCACGUUGAAAGCCUUUAGUAACUAUGUAUCGUCUAUUAAAACAACAGCCUGCCAAGUGAGCUCUCCGCUUGAAUGUGCUUCCAAUUUACCAGACAGCAUAACACGACGCGGAUCGAAAAGAGAAAAGGACGGUUUCCUGAAUGCGCACUCGACGAAAGACGAUUCCGACACACAAUUAAGCAAUGAAAUUAUAUCACGCUCGUCGAACGUAAAGUUAAAAUCAUGUCACGUAUGCCAGAGAACUGAACACAAGAUCAGGAACUGUGGCACAUUCCUAAAGUACUCUGUCUCAGAUCGCAUCAAGUUCGUGGAACAGAACGGACUAUGUAAACGAUGCCUUACCGGGCAUGGGAGAUGGCCAUGCAGAACGAAACAGCCCUGUAGUGUAAAUGGCUGUCAAGAAGCGCAUCAUAAACUACUGCAUACGAUCGAACUACCAACCAUAAAUUCUCAAACCAGUUCUCCAGCUAUCAUAUACACUCACAACCAUCGUACAUCAUCUUUAUUCAAAAUAUUACCAGUCAUACUACGCAAUAACGGAAAGUCAGUGGAAACGUUCGCGUUUUUAGACGAUGGUUCUGAUUUGACGUUACUGGACAAGGACCUCGCAGAUAAACUUGACCUCCAUGGGACCGAAAGCACGCUCUGUCUUCAAUGGACUGGUAACGUUACUAGAAAGGAAUCAUCUUCAAAAAAAGUCCAUCUAAACAUCUCAGGUUUCAAUGCUAAUGAGGAAUAUGCUCUUCGAAACGUACGCACCGUGGAUAGCCUCGACCUACCUAGGCAAAGUCUGCACUAUCCGGAGUUAGUGAAGCAAUUCCCGUAUCUACAGGGGCUUCCCGUUCAAAGCUAUACCGGGGCUAGUCCAGGUAUUCUAAUUGGAGUGGACAACGCGCGAUUAAAGCUGCCGCUCAAUCACCGAUACAGACGAGACAAAGAGCCAGUAGCUAUAAAAACUCGCCUGGGAUGGACUAUCUUUGGAGGCGUAAGCGGAACCAGUGAACCCCAACACGUUUUGGUUCAUAUCUGCUCCUGUACUGAAGAACGACAGUUGAACGAAAUGGUGAAAGAUUACUUCCUGGUCGAGAACUUAGGUAUUAAUAAUUGUACACCACGUAAAUCGGAGGGAGAUACACGUGCUUGGAAGAUACUUCGUGACACAACAAGACGAACGGAGUCCGGCAGAUUUGAGACGGGACUAAUAUGGAAAACGGAUAAUAUCAACUUCCCCAACAGCUAUCCGAUGGCAAAUCGCCGGCUGAAAUGUCUCGAGCGUAGACUCGAAACAAAUUUGGAACUGAAGCAGGUGGUUCACGAACAGAUCAUGGAAUACCAAAGGCUAGGUUACGCUCAUAAAGCGUCAGCGAAGGAGCUACAGGAAUGUGAUUCUCGCAGAGUAUGGUACCUACCACUCGGAGUGGUUUGCAAUCCAAGAAAGCCGAACAAAAUCCGCGUCGUAUGGGAUGCGGCUGCUUGUGUUGAGGGAAUAUCUUUGAACUCCAAUCUGUUAAAAGGACCAGACCUGCUGACCCCACUUUUAAAAGUUCUGUGUAAUUUCCGUCAAAAACAAUACGCGAUAACUGGCGAUAUAAGGCAGAUGUUUCAUCAGCUCCUGAUACGAGAACAAGAUCGCCAAUCCCAACGAUUUCUAUGGCGGACUGAUGCAAAAUGUGCCCCAGAUGUAUACAUCAUGGAUGUAGCAACCUUCGGAGCGAAAUGCUCCCCAUGCUCCGCGCAUUAUGUUAAAAAUCUAAAUGCGAAGGAAUUCGAGUCCAUAUUCCCAUUAGCAGUUUCAGCAAUCGUUAAUAACACGUAUGUCGAUGACUACUUAGAUAGCAGAGAUACUAUCGACGAAAUAAUUAAGAUAGCUACUGAAGUACAAAUGAUACACAGCCAAGCCGGUUUCGAAAUACGAAACUGGCAGUCGAACUCCGAUGCGAUCCUCACACGGGUCGGGGGAAGGUGCAACGAGGCAGUUAAAAGUUUCACCGCAAAUAAAACAACAAACGCUGAGCGCGUGUUAGGAAUUGCGUGGAUUCCAAGUGAUGAUGUUUUCAGCUUCACGACACAGUUUCGCAAGGAUCUUCAGCCUUUACUGACGGGCGAUAUUACUCCUACAAAACGUCAAGUUCUACAAAUCGUAAUGAGCCUGUUCGAUCCGCUGGGGUUUAUAUCUAACUACACGAUACACGGAAAGAUACUCAUCCAAGAUGUGUGGAGAUCUGGAAUUGAAUGGGAUGAUCCCAUUACAAAAAAGGAUUUAUAUAGUUGGAGACGAUGGAUUACAUUGGUUCCCGAGUUGCGACAAGUUAGAAUAUCAAGAUGCUACUUCAACAACUACUCACCCGGAAGCUACGACUCGCUUGAACUACACAUUUUCGUGGACGCGAGCGAGAUGGCAUACUGCAGUGUAGCGUACUUUCGUAUCGUUGAGGAUCGAACACCAAGAUGUUCCCUGGUAGCAUCGAAAGCGAAAGUAACUCCGCUCCGACCGCAGACUAUUCCUAAAAACGAAUUGAACGCCGCCGUGCUCGGCGUUAGAUUGAUGAGGAGUAUAGUAGAAAAUCAUUCCCUAUCCAUUAAGAGACGAUUCAUCUGGUCAGACUCCUCAACCGUCCUCUCGUGGCUACGAGCAGACCCUCGUAAAUAUCGCCCUUACGUGGCAUUUCGGGUUGCCGAAAUUCUCACCGAAACGAAUGUUGACGAUUGGCACUGGGUACCGACAAGGAUGAAUAUCGCCGACGAAGCUACAAAGUGGAAUAGUGGUCCGAGCUUCGAUCCACUGAGCUGCUGGUAUCGCGGCCCCGAGUUCUUGUACUCGCCCGAGCACCUUUGGCCAUCAGCUGAGCCCUCAUUGAAAGAUCCUACUGAAGAACUGCGGACCGCCCUUAUUCAUCGAGAAAUUCCGCAUCAAACACCGUUUGAUUUCGCGAAGUGUUCCCGCUUCGAUGAUCUAAUAAAACGGCUGUCGUACCUCCAACAUUUUCGCAAUCAGUGCUGUUACAAAAACAGGGUUCUAACAAAGUCCCGUACCGUGUAUCUGAAUCAUGAAGACUACGUUUCGGCGGAAAAGAGUCUGUGGCGAAUGGUACAGGCCGGUCCUUACGCAAAUGAAAUCUCAUUAUUGAAAGCAAACUCAGAGCGACCCAUAGCUCAGCGUCAGCGUCUGGGAAAAGCAAGCACUUUGAGAGGUCUAUCACCCUUUCUAGAUGAAGAUGGUAUUAUCCGUUCAGAAAGUAGAAUCGACCCCAAAGCGGCGUACUAUUGUUUCGAUUUUCGCAAUCCAGUGAUUCUACCAAGGGAGAACCACGUGACAGAUUUGCUCAUACUUCGAUUCCAUCAGCGGUUUGCACACGCAAAUACAGAAACAGUUAUAAAUGAGAUGCACCAGAAAUUUUACAUACCAAAGAUGCGUUCAGUAGUGAAAAAAGCGAUAAAAAAAUGUAUGUGGUGUCGCGUGUACCGAGCCAAACCAGGCGAACCAAGAAUGGCAUCAUUACCGCAAGCACGAGUGCAACCAUACGUGCGUCCAUUUACAUUCACAGGUCUUGACUACUUCGGACCGCUGGUCGUUAAGCGAGGUCGAAGCAACGUCAAACGCUGGGUGGCACUUUUCACGUGCCUUACAAUACGCGCUGUUCACUUAGAGGCCGUCCAUUCGCUAUCAACAGAAUCCUGUAGAAUGGCCAUACGACGGUUCGUGGCAAAAAGAGGUGCACCGCAGCAGAUCUUCAGCGACAACGGCACAAAUUUUCACGGCGCUGCUCGAAUUUUGGCGAACGAAAUUAAGGCAAUUAACCACGAGAUAGCAGCCACCUUUACUAACACCGAUACGAAAUGGUACUUUAAUCCACCUUCUGCCCCGCACAUGGGAGGAGUGUGGGAAAGAAAGGUGCGCUCGGUUAAAGACGCAUUCAAAGUGUUAGCGCAUCACGAAAGACUAGACGACGAAGGGCUGGUUACACUUCUUGCAGAAGUCGAAAUGAUUAUCAACUCUCAUCCUCUAACAUUCGUACCACUGGAAGGAGCUGAACAAGAUGUUGUUACACCGAACAGUUUUCUCCUCAUGAGCUCGAGUGGAUCCAACAACCUCAACAGAAUCCCAAUAGAUGAACCAAUUUCGCUGAGAACAAACUGGAAACUUAUGCAGCAUCUUCUGAACCAGUUCUGGAAAAGGUGGAUCCAGGCGUAUCUUCCGACAAUCGCUCGGCGGACCAAAUGGUUCUCAGAGUUGCGUCCACUAGAAGAAGGCGAUUUAGUUAUUGUGGUCGACGAAUCUGUGAGAAACGGGUGGCUACGAGGCCGCAUCGUCAAGACGUAUACAGCUGUGGACGGACAGGUACGCAAAGUCGACGUUCAAACCAAUUCGGGAGUACUGCAGAGACCAGCGAUCAAGGUAGCCCUUCUGGACGUUCAGGAGGUCGGUAAAACCCAGAAAUAA